CAUCAGAUUAUUAUUUACCGUCAAACUCAUUCUGAAAGUGAAAGUUUUGAGAAACCAACGCACGAGGUUCAGAAAAGAGAGAAUGGCGUCUCCUGAUACCAGCAGUCACAAGUCAAUGGGAAAUCCCCCUCAAAGUGACACCUGGACCCCUGACCUUGGAGGGAUAAAACAGGAGAGAGCAGAUUCUCCUGCUUCCAGCUGUCUGUCUGUGCAGAGUGACUGGUCAAUGGAAAUCCCCCCCCAAUUCACCUGGACCCCUGAUCUGAGUCCCAGUCUGCUGACUAAGCAUCAGUUCAGGUGUUCUGUGUGUUCAGAGGUUCUGAGGGACCCGGUCUCUAUUCCUUGUGGACACAGUUACUGCAGGCAGUGCAUCAGUACAUACUGGGCCCAUCCUGGUCCUGCAAGAGACUAUAUGUGUCCCCAGUGCAGUAGGAGAUCCAGAACCCGACCUGAACUCUACCCCAACUCAGCCUUGGCCUGGAUGAUCCAGAAGCUCCAGAGGACAGGUUUCAGUCCAGCCCUCCCUGCCCUGGUCUAUGCUGGGCCUGGGGACGUGGCUUGUGAUAUCUGCUCUGGAAAGAAGCUCAGAGCCGUCAAGUCCUGUUUGACCUGCACUGCCUCCUACUGUGAGAGCCACAUCAGACAGCAUUACACGGUCCCAGCACUGCAGAGACACACACUGGCAGAGGUCACUGGAGAUGGGGGACAUGAAGACUACAGUGGCAAAACUGGAAGGACAAAAAAGAUCAAAGAGGAGGGUGUGACUGAGGAUGUUGAAGACAAGGAGAAUGUCUGUCCAAAAAAAAAAAGCAUUAAUAAGGAGGAACAUGUGAAUAUAGCUGAACCAAAGAGGAAAAUUGGCAAACAAAAACGAAAGAGACACUCUCGUCUGUCUCUUCCGUCCACUGUGAGGGAGAUUACCAUCGGCAGCCCCCCGUCUGUGAGGAUAGGCUCUAGUCUACAGAUUUCUCACAGAUUUAAUACACUAGCUUGACCAUGCUGAGCAGCACACCCCCACCUCCAUGACCCCCACCUCCGUGACCCUCAACUCUGAGGCCUCCACCUCUGCGCAGACCCAGCAGCCUUCACCUGGAGGCUCUCCAGGGACCCAACUGCAGCUGUGUGUGUGGGAAAGGGAGCCCCUGGUGGUGAAGCAACAUGAGACCCUGUCAGACAAUCACAAUGGAGCACUGCCACUGCAUUCCUACCUACCCUCUAACCUCCACCAGAGGAAGGUCAUCUCUUGGUAUAGGCCUUUCUGUUAAACUAAAGAAAUACCCCUGAAUGAGGAAGUUCCCAAACGUUUUGACUGGUUGUGGGUCCGUGUGUACAUAUGCAUGUACUGUAUAUCUAUAUCCAGUUAUAGACUUUGUGGAAUCUGAGCAUUAACAAUUACAAUAUGA